AUGACUUGGUCCAUCGAACUUUCCCAAUAUGACAUACGGUACGAGCCCCGGCAAGCAAUCAAGGCGCAAGCAAUGGCAGAUUUUCUAGUAGAAGUAACGGGAGAUCCAACUGAAGAAACGAGCGCACGGUGGAAGCUCCACGUAGACGGAGCCUCCCACCAGAACUCUGGGGGCGCCGGGAUCAUCCUGGAAAGCCCGGUUGGAGUCGUAUACGAGCAGUCAAUCAGGUUCGAAUUUCCCGUCUCGAACAACCAGGCAGAAUACAAAGCCCUCAUAGGGGGCUUAACCCUAGCAGCGGAAGUCGGAGCAACAAGGCUGGAAAUAUGCAGCGAUUCGCAGGUCGUCACCUCCCAGGCCGAGCCGCUGGCCAGCAUAUCCUCGUCCAAUUGCAGAAAAUUCAUGUGGAGGCAGGUAAUAACGCGAUUCGGGAUCCCGGAGAUCGUUAUCUCAGACAACGGCACACAGUUUACCGACAAGAAGUUCACGGAGUUCCUCACAGGCCUGGGUAUAAGACAGAAGUUCUCCUUGGCAGAACACCCCCAAACGAACGGACAGAUGGAGUCCGCGAACAAGAUUAUCCUGUUAGGGCUAAAGAAGCGACUGGAUAAUAAAAAAGGCGCUUGGGCAGACGAGCUCGCCUCGGUCCUCUGGUCUUACCGAACAACCGAGCAGUCCUCCACCAAGGAGACCCCCUAUCGACUAACAUACGGGUUAGACGCAGUAAUACCCGUAGAGGUCGGGGAACCGAGCCCGCGACUACUCUUGAAAGGAGUAGGGGAAGCCGUGGAGAAGAACCUGAUAGACGAAGCCAGAGAAAUGGCCCAUCUGACGGAAAUAGCGCUGAAACAAAGAGUGGCACUACGCUACAACGCCAAAGUCCUCAAAAGGGAGUUUGAACCAAAUGAUCUCGUCCUAAGGCGCAACGACAUCGGCUUGUCGACCCCAGGAGAAGGCAAACUGGCAACAAACUGGGAAGGCCCCUAUAGAGUCAAAGAAGUGAUGGGUAAAGGUGCUUUCAAGCUGGAAAGGCUCGAUGGCAAAGAAAUUCCAAGAACGUGGAAUGCGAGCAACCUGAGAAGGUUUUACUCCUAG